UGGUUCAAGAGUUUCCAGGUUCAACAGGUACGGGCCUACACGGCACUGACCUGUACUAUAAAAAGGAAUGCCCCCUGCUGAGUGUAGGCUCAUUCGAAGAAAAUGCUUUCUUGUUGGCUGUCGUUUUUCUGCUGUUUCGUGGCAUCCUUGCCACUUGGUUGUCUAGGAAACCAUCACCGAGGAUCUGCAGUGGAUUCGUCGUCGUUCGAUCACGACAUUUACCCGCAUCACUCCAUAAUUCAUAGUCUGCUGCACAGGUUUCAAGGACAUCAAACGGCAAACGAUCUUCCUCAAAAUUGGCCUGCCACACCGAGGAAGUUCGCCUUGCCCAUCUACUACCCAGCACACGCAAUAACACCUGGUUACCUGUAUCAUCCGAGUCACGGGCCAGCAGCAUUUCUGGUGCACAAAACCGAUGGAAAUGGCCGUACUCAACAAACAGGUUCGGAUACCGGAUUGGGAAAAGUGAACCAACAGGAAACCGCUGUCCAUUACCCAGCAGUGAAUCAUCCACCAGCUCAUCAUUACUUCCAGCGGAAGAGCCUUCUGCCAAUCGCUCGCCUAAUUUUCAAGCCACUCGAUUUGAUUGUCUGGUAAAAUGCGUCAACGUUCGUUUGAGCUACCUCACUGUUUGUCCAGCUGGUACGGUGCAAUGGUUUUUUUUAAAGAAAUAGGUGCAUGUCAAUGUGCAACGACUUGACUUGCAUAGAAUACACUGCAGUACACCGCAA